AUGAUGUAAUAGAUUAAAUAUUACAAAGAUUUAGAAGAAUUUAAAAACUCUUCACUUUUAUCUCAUUAGGUUCUCCAUAUUGAUCUCAAUGGAAAUUAAAUUGGUGAUGAAGGUGCAUCAGGCUUAGGUUCUGCUUUAGCAAAUUGCAUUAAUCUCUCAAAUUUGACACUUGACCUUCAUUUCAAUCAAAUUGGUGCAAUGGGUGCAUAAGGCUUAGGUUCUGCUUUAGCAAAUUGCAUUAAUCUCUCAAAUUUGACACUUUACCUUGGGUCUAAUUAAAUUGGUGAUGAAGGUGUAUCAGGCUUAGGUUCUGCUUUAGCAAAUUGCAUUAAUCUCUCAAAUUUGACACUUGACCUUCAUUGCAAUUAAAUUAGUGCAAAGGGUGCAUCAGGCUUAGGUUCUGCUUUAGCAAAUUGCAUUAAUCUCUCAAAUUUGACACUUUACCUUUAGUAAAAACAGUUUAUUUGUUUUGGAUUGUGA